UUACUUACCACGCGAAAUCCGUCGGAUUUCAAAUUGUGCCUAAAAAGCACGAAUUUGGAUUGGUAUUUGAUUCUUAUAAGUAAUAUUUAUUAUUCGAUUCCAUAAAGUACUUUUCAAGGACAAUUGGUGUGUUCGAUUUUCUCUUUUACGGCGUAAACGCAGACAGAGGAUUGGACUUUUUCUGGACAAAAUUCCUUUAAACGAGAAAUAGAAAAAAGAUUUGUGUAACAAAAUAUUUUUUCCGUACAUAUGUCAAGUUCUAAUCAGGCCCGAAAGCUUCGAGUAACAGUCGUUGCAGCUGAUGGUCUUUAUAAACGUGAUGUUUUUCGAUUUCCUGAUCCCUUUGCAGUGUUAACUGUAGAUGGAGAACAAACACAUACUACUACUGCCAUAAAGAAAACUUUAAAUCCGUAUUGGAAUGAGACAUUUGAAGUGAACGUGGUCGAUAGUAGCACGAUUGCUGUUCAGAUCUUUGACCAAAAGAAGUUUAAAAAGAAGGGACAAGGAUUUCUUGGUGUAGUAAAUGUUCGAAUUAGCGACGUGAUAGAUCUGGCAGUCGGCGGAGACGAAAUGUUGACUCGUGAACUGAAGAAAUCCAACGAGAAUACAGUGGUUCACGGAAAAAUCAUAUUAAAUCUUUCGACUACUGCCCAGUCCGGAUUACAGGCUCCUUCAGUUGCUGCUUCCGGUACUAGCUCCCGUACCUCUAAUGCUGGAAAUGAAAGAGUAUUGCCUAAUGGCGGCGUUACUAGUUCGGUCAGCACAACACCUUCUCGAAGUACGGCUGACAGUUCUGCCGCUGUUCCUGUUGAACCACGGACUUACAGUUCAUUUGAAGAUCAGUAUGGAAGACUUCCACCUGGAUGGGAGCGAAGAACUGAUAAUUUGGGCCGCACUUAUUAUGUUGAUCAUAAUACUCGGAGCACAACAUGGAUACGCCCUAAUUUGGGCGCUAUCAUAGGUAAUGAUCAACAUCAAAUGGUAAACGGUGGGUCCAAUGCAGUUACAGAAGGCCUUCAGCCUUCUUCUAGUGUUCCUGCUAGACGUACUGAAGCCAGUAUGUUGACGUCGAAUGCUACAACUGCUGGUUCUGGUGAACUUCCUCCUGGAUGGGAACAGAGAUACACUCCUGAAGGUCGUCCAUACUUUGUAGACCACAAUACGAGAACUACCACUUGGGUUGAUCCACGUCGACAGCAGUAUAUUCGGACAUAUGGUGGUCCGAACAAUGCGACAAUUCAACAGCAACCUGUAUCACAAUUGGGACCACUACCAAGUGGGUGGGAAAUGCGUCUUACCAAUACUGCUCGGGUGUAUUUUGUUGAUCACAACACGAAAACAACCACUUGGGAUGAUCCACGUCUUCCUUCGUCUUUGGAUCAAAAUGUACCACAGUACAAACGUGAUUUUAGACGAAAACUUAUUUACUUCCUUUCCCAACCAGCUUUGCAUCCUUUACCUGGUCAAUGUCAUAUUAAAGUUCGACGAAACAGCAUCUUUGAGGAUUCAUAUGCAGAAAUCAUGCGCCAGUCAGCGUCAGAUCUAAAAAAACGUUUGAUGAUUAAAUUUGAAGGAGAAGACGGACUGGAUUAUGGUGGUCUAUCGCGUGAAUACUUUUAUCUGUUGUCACAUGAAAUGUUUAACCCUUUUUACUGUUUAUUUGAAUAUUCUUCUAUGGAUAACUAUACAUUGCAAAUCAACCCGCAUUCUGGAAUCAAUCCCGAACACUUAAAUUACUUUAAGUUUAUUGGACGUGUGAUCGGACUAGCUGUCUUUCAUCGACGUUUCGUUGAUGCUUUCUUUGUCGUCUCUUUUUACAAAAUGAUUUUGCAAAAGAAAAUAACUCUACAGGACAUGGAAAGCAUGGAUGCAGAGUACUAUCGAAGCUUAGUUUGGAUUUUGAAAAAUGAUAUUACUGGAAUUCUGGAUUUGACGUUCAGCGUGGAAGAUAACUGUUUUGGCGAAGUGGUCACGAUUGAUUUAAAGCCGGAUGGACGUAAUAUUGAAGUGACUGAAGAAAACAAAAAAGAAUAUGUGGAUUUGGUGACGGUUUGGCGUGUGCAGAAACGCAUAGAAGACCAAUUUAAUGCAUUUCAUGAUGGAUUUAGUGAACUUAUUCCCCAAGAUUUGAUAAAUGUAUUUGAUGAACGAGAGUUGGAGCUUUUGAUUGGUGGUAUCUCAGAGGUAGAUAUGGAUGAUUGGAAAAAACAUACAGAUUAUCGUUCAUACAGUGACAAUGACCAAAUUAUCAAAUGGUUCUGGGAGCUUAUGAAUGAAUGGAGCAAUGAAAAGAAGUCUCGCCUUUUGCAGUUUACUACGGGCACGAGCCGUAUUCCUGUGAAUGGAUUCAAGGAUUUACAGGGAAGCGAUGGCCCUCGAAGGUUUACAAUUGAGAAGUCUGGCGAACCAUCAAAACUACCAAAAGCACAUACUUGCUUUAACCGGUUGGAUCUUCCGCCAUACAUAUCUAAGCAUGAUUUGGACCAUAAAUUGUCUAUUGCUGUUGAAGAAACCAUUGGUUUCGGUCAAGAAUAAAUUUUCUUUAAUAAAGAAAAAAAGUCCAGAUCUUUGUUUUUACUUUUCUUUAUUUCUACAUUCCCAUUCAUAUCUAACCUCAUGUACGCUUCCGUUGGUACUCAUGCGCCCUUUGAAAUGCUAUGCUAUGGUCAAAUGUAUGCAUGCAUAGGUACAAACUUAUUUUCAUUUGUCUUUGUUUUAUUUGAACCGAACCGUUUUAUCUUACCAUCUUUGCUUGAGACGUUAUCGUCGUUAAUUUUCUUAUGAAAGUUAUGUAAAACAUUAGGGAUAAUUUUAUUUAUGAAUUAAGUCGCCCC